GGCUGAUCCAUUUAAUAUAUGCAGGUGCAAAAGUGCUUAAAGAUAACGUGGCUACUGGUCUUUCACACACAGGAUCUGAAAGUGCCUAUUAAUAGUGCUGUGACAGCAUCUGUUUCAAAGUUGCAAGUUGUUAUGCAUUCCUUGGUGUAGUGUUUUUCUGUGGCUUACUGUGUUAGGCAGAGGUAGAAAAAAAAAUCACCAUAAGCACAAGCUAGUGCUCAAAAAUACCAACUUACUGCUUCAUCGUACUUCUACUAAGGAGACUUUGGUUCAUGCUCUGUAACACACAGCUUCAUCUAGAAGGUACCUGCAUCAGCAAUGUUAAUGUUGUUUAAAUUUAGUCUAUUGUUUUGACUUCCCUGUUAUGUGUUACCCUUAAUUUGAAUAUUGUAACUUGUUUUUUUUAUAAUGGUUAGUCUGUUUCUCUGGUGAUGGUAGGUUUUCAAUUGUAAUUUUUUUAAUUCUUCAGAAUUUGCCACUUCACAAAUAGCGCUUCUCAGUGUAAAAUGAUCAGGUUUACUGUAAAUUUGCCUCUUGCUCCAUAGACUGUAACAGAGCAUUGCAAUUACUGGCAUGGAAAUUGCUUUACCUUAGUGUCACAACACCACAGUACUUUCAGGAUGGCAGGCUGCCACUUUUGUGCAGUGUUAUGAAUAGAACAUGAACAGGAGUCUUAUUUUUAAGAUAGCAUGCUAGAGACAGUCUUACCAUACUGAGCUAUACUCCGUGUAUGGUGCUUCAUAGCUGAAUAGCUCCUGAAAAUGCUGCAGGGCUCAUUUGCAUGUUUUACAAGGUUUCCCUCUCUUACACCAUGUGUAGGCUUUUCCUUAUGUAAUUCAAUCACCUGCAUAAUCCUAUGUGUCAGCAUGGUUUGUAAUAGGAUGCCUUGCAAGAUUCUGCAGUUCUCACUUGGUGCUUAUUCUUUAUCACAGUCCUGCCUGAAGUCUGUCUUCAUCCUUUCUCCCUUUACCUCUUUCCAUUUAUUCUGCCACUUCCUUCUCUUAUUUCCUGCUCAUCAAGGCUUUUGGCUCUGUGCAAGGCAUUGCUACAGGCAGCUUUAAAUGGAGUACUUUUUUUUUUCUUUGCAUUAUCUACCUUUUGCUCCUCCCAGUCAAAGGUACGUUCUUGAGACUCUACCUUCUUAUUGGCACAAAAAGCCCUUGUUUGCUGUUAUGUCUGUGAAAAUUGGUAAGGGGAAUCUUCCUGUGGUAGCUAUCUGAAUUAUUGUUUUUAUUUCUUUGUCUGACUGUCCCUUGGUUAUUAAUUGCUCAGCAAGACUGUUUCGGCUUACCUCUGCAGUGCCCAGGCUUGGACUCAAUAACACUACAAGGACAUCAUCUGCUUUGUCCUCCUGUUUUUUUAGUGAGUCCAUUUUUUAUUUUCUGUAACAGUGUUAUGCCCCUGGUGUCCCGCUGCAAACCUGCCUGAAAGGAGUGUGCUGGGAGUGGGACUGAUGAGACGCCUCCACCUCAAUAAGAAGGCCACAGACAAACAGCCAUAUAGCAAACUUCCUGGUGUUUCACUACUUAAGCCAUUAAAAGGUGUGGAUCCUAACCUGAUCAACAACUUAGAAACCUUCUUUGAACUGGAUUAUCCAAAAUAUGAAGUGCUACUCUGUGUACAAGAUCAUGAUGAUCCAGCUAUUGAUGUGUGCAAAAAGCUCCUUGGCAAAUACCCGAAUGUUGAUGCUAGAUUGUUCAUAGGUGGCAAGAAGGUUGGCAUCAACCCCAAGAUUAACAACUUAAUGCCUGGCUAUGAAGUUGCCAAAUAUGAUCUCAUAUGGAUUUGUGAUAGUGGAAUCAGAGUAACGCCAGACACACUGACAGAUAUGGCCAAUCAAAUGACUGAAAAAGUAGGCUUGGUCCAUGGGCUUCCCUAUGUUGCAGACAGACAGGGUUUUGCUGCUACCCUUGAACAAGUUUAUUUUGGAACUUCACAUCCAAGGUCAUAUAUUUCAGCCAACUUAACUGGCUUUAAGUGUGUGACAGGAAUGUCAUGCUUGAUGAGGAAGGAUGUCUUGGACCAAGCAGGAGGACUGAUAGCUUUUGCACAAUAUAUUGCUGAAGAUUACUUUAUGGCCAAAGCUAUAGCUGACCGGGGCUGGAAAUUUGCGAUGGCCACACAAGUUGCAAUGCAAAACUCUGGUUCAUAUUCAAUUUCUCAGUUUCAAUCCAGAAUGAUCAGGUGGGCCAAACUGAGAAUUAACAUGUUGCCUGCCACGAUAAUUUGUGAGCCAAUCUCAGAGUGCUUUGUUGCCAGUCUAGUUAUUGGCUGGGCAGCUCAUCAUGUGUUUAGAUGGGAUAUAAUGGUAUUUUUCAUGUGUCACUGCCUGGCAUGGUUUAUAUUUGACUACAUUCAACUAAAAGGAGUUCAGGGUGGUGCUCUGUGUUUUUCAAAACUUGAUUAUGCAGUAGCUUGGUUCAUCAGAGAAUCCAUGACUAUAUAUAUUUUCCUGUCUGCUUUGUGGGACCCCACUAUUAGCUGGAGAACGGGACGCUACAGAUUACGUUGCGGAGGCACUGCAGAAGAAAUUCUUGAUGUAUAGCCACAGCUUUGUAACUGUGAAUGUCAGAAAGAGAAGGGGGAAAGAAAAGUAUUAUAAAUUGUUUAUAGAAAUACUUUUGAGAAGAAUCUACCUUCAGUAGUUUUACUACUUUUAUGUUUUGGUAUCUGUUCUUUAAGUUAUUUUUGCAUGGCACUUGCAUCUGUGAAAAUACAUCUGUAGUCUUGGCCAAAUGGUACUUUGCUCCUAUGUACAAAUAGAAAUGGAGAGAAUUGGUCCUGACAUCUACAUUCUAUAGGAAUGCUCUGCAGUAAACACUUUUAAAAGAAAAAAAAAAAAGUAUCCUCCUGGAUAUGAACAGCUUCUUACUCCAUGGUGUGCUAGCCUAGCAAAUCCAGGGUUCAUAUAGCUAUUUUCCAGCUGGAUUGUAAAAGGCUGUACCUAGUGAAAACACGUAAGUACAGCUGAUUUCUGUUUUAUCCCACUAAAUUGAGCUAGUAACAGGACCUUGGGAAAGAAGCUCCUAAAUGCUUUAUGCCUACCUCUUGUAGUUGCUGCAGAACAAAAUGAAUGGGAAGGUAAAAAUGCUUUGCAAAAAAAAAAAAAAACUAAAGUAAAGCUGGAGUCUUGUGUUUAUAUGUAUAUAUGAAAUACUUCAGUCAUUGCAAUGAACCAAAAGUGGACUGAGUUUGAUAGAAUGAGUUGGAAGGAAUUACUGGUCAGGCAUGUUUUGUGGGCAUCUUUUGGCCAACUCUGAUCUGGUUCUGUCUUGAACCUUGUUAAGCACUGUGCUGUAACUAGCCAAGCUGGUCCCCUUCAAUAUUUCCAUUCUUUUUUAAGGGGUAUUUGUUUUUCCCCUGUGAGUGAAUGCUUUGGUGAGGGGUGUGUGUUUGUGUGUGUGACAUAGUAGGGGGUAGAAGGGAGCAGAAAUACAUUUCAGAAACAUUUCACACAUGAGCUAUUUUCUUACACAAUGUUUUAAGAAUGUAAUUUCAUGAUGCAGGUAUUUAAUAUCUUUUUAAAGUGAACACACAUACAUACCUAUACUAGUCAUAAUUAAGUAUUCAAUUGCAGUAAAUAUUGUGAAUAUACUAAAGGGCCGGGUGAGUUUGCUGUUACUGAUUAAAAUUUUAAUCUUAAUUUAAAUAUCAAACUAAGUCUACUCUUGGCUUUUUGCCUUCUACUGUUAGUCUAGCUUUUAAUUGGACUUUUGUAUUCCAGUGGUAUGACUAAAAGGACUAGAUUAUAAUGCAUGCCGUGUUUUCCCCCUGCCCCCCACCCUGCUCCCCGUAGCUUGGUUUCCAACCUCAUUGUGAGACUUCCUGAUUUGUGGUGAACUGGACUUGUUUUCUUUGAACACUUUUUAAUUAAAAAAAAACCACAGCAAAGCUAGAGAGGGAUGUUGCAUAAGCCUUUUGUUUUCAUAAUUGUAUUUAUGCUGCUUUACUGUUCUUCAUAUGGAAUAGCAUAUUUACACCAUGAAUGUGAGCUGCUAAUUAUAAAAGUAAUGCCAACAAAGCAGCUUUAGAAGUUGGAUGAUAAUGUGUAGCAUAUUAGCAAUAAUGACAUGUAUUUAUAAAAAUGGACACUUUUACCUUACUGAGCCAAUCCCUUACCUGUCAUAUGCUACACAAAUGUAAUGUGUAUGUAUGUCAUAAAACAUACUCUGGGCCAAAAUGCUUCAUCCAUCUUAAUAUCUUUUUGCCUUAUGUUACCAUGGAACUCUUUUAAUGGGCAUUUCUGUAUGAACAAAGGCUUUUGAUGCAUGCUUCAUUCUUUUCAUGUGAAUCGGGGGAAAAAAAAGCACUUUUCCCUGAGGAAGGUUGCACACUGAAAGCUAGUCUAGUUGUGACCCACAAAAACAUUCUGACUUUCAUAUUGUUUUUACAUAGUUGAAUUUUGCUGACAAUGUUUGUAUCUUUUGUUUCAUGAAGUUUGAUGCCAUUCAUUGCACUGCUAAAGUGAAGCUUAGCUUGCAACUUAGCUUUAUGCUGAUUUCUAUGCAGGCAAUGGAACAGAACCAAAAAAAAAGGCUGAACAGACUUCAUUUUAAAAAAAAAAUUAGGUGGGGAUAAUUGUUUAACAGGUGCUUUUGUAUUAGAGCCAUUUUUGGUCAUGAAAAAUAAAGCUUCACUUAAGCAAAUAGUUUCAUUUGGGUAUUGUUCGGUUGAUUAUGAAGUGGAAACCAACACUAUCUCAAAUGUUGAAGAAGAUGCUGCAACAGAACUUCUAAAGGUUAAAAAUGGCUAAUGUAAAGCUGUGUUGAUCUACAGAUGUGUAGAAUAUACCAUGUUUAUUUAAAAUCAUUGUCUUGUUUUUUCUUUUAUUUAAAAAUAAAUUUUGAAUACAA